AUGGGUGGAGGGCAAGCCAAAGGGGAAGAAGGAGAGAUGGGGAUGGGAGACAGACGAAAGAAGGCGGAGAGGGGGAGGGAGGUGAAGAUAGUACUGCUCCAGCUGGUCUCAGGCAUCCAGUUCAAGAGUCUUAUUGCCUCGAAAGGUCUGAAUGUGUUUAGAGGUGUAGUCGAUAGCUUACGACCCCAACAACACCUCUCUACUGUGCGCAGUGAGAACGCAACAUUCGCCACAACGAGUUGUCCAGAUAACCUAACCGAAGUGAUUCGCGAAUGUUAUCGUAGCUAUUUCCAAGUGUAUCGCCUCGAAAUCGGUUCAUCGGGAAAGUUCCCACCAAUUGUGUCUUUUUUCCGGGCACUCAGAAACACUAGCAAUUCCGUGCAAAGUGAAUGCCGGCCAUACAGUAGUUUGCACAACUGUAUUGAAACAGGUAUCGCUGGUUCUUCGAUGCCGGAUUGCAUAACCGGACUGAAUUUUGCGAAUUUGACUCGGGACCCUGUCUCUGCGAUGCGAUACUCGUUGACCUUUGCAACAUUUGAAUAUGUAUGCGGCAGUGGUUACAGAGUAUUCGAAGCAAAUGAGCAGUGUAUAGACGAAGUUACAGCCAAUCGAACAGUGCGGCAACGAUUAUGGCAAUGUGAAGCAAGCGGAUUCUACUCUGUAGAUGAUUGCGACGGUUUUGUAGUCAGUGCGCAAUGUGCCGGUGAGGUUUACGGCAACAGUUGCGGAACGGAUUCCGGCGAUGCGAUGUGCAGACUAGAAGUUAAUAUCGCACGCUAUCUAAGCUAUAUCAUUGAUUCGACUUGCUUGGAACGUAUCAGCGCUGCGUGCGGCUCGCAGCCUCCAACACCUGGAGACUAG